UCGUGUCUCACACAAGACCCAACGAAAGAACAGAUUUUUCAAAUAAACCAUUCCGAAACCUCUCUCACUCCCAAUGAGCUAUGGCUGCGAUCGUUGCGAUUGCUAGGAAGCUAACCCGUACGCCACAGCUCUGGAUUGUUCAACGCGCAGCGUCGAGAUCGUUUUCAAACUCAUCUGCUACCUUCUCUUCAGCAUUCCAUCGAACAGGUCGUGCGCGUUCUCAAAUCUUACAUUAUCUCUAUUCCAAUGGCUUCUCCACCCAAGUCAUCCACGAAACGUUUGAUAUCAACAAAGCAGUGGCUCCGUUGGAGAAGGGUUUGAUUGAUUUAGUCAGACAGGUCUCUGAGCUCGAGUCGGAGGCCGAUGCCAUGGCUUCUCUAGAGGAGUCAUCCUUUGAACUCAAUCAUGAUUCUUUCUACUCUUUGAUCUGGGGAUUAAGAGUGGAGUGGAGGCUUGCCUUUCUAGCCUUCAAAUGGGGAGAGAGACGAGGCUGUGAUGAUCAGAAAGCUUGCGACUUGAUGAUAUGGGUGUUGGGUAAUCACCAAAAGUUCAACAUAGCUUGGUGUCUGAUCCGUGACAUGUUUCAUGUCUCCAGGGAUACUAGAAAGGCCAUGUUUCUCAUGAUGGACAGGUAUGCUGCUGCUAACGAUACAAGCCAAGCUAUUCGUACAUUCGAUAUCAUGGAUAAGUUUAAACACAUUCCUGACGAUGAAGCGUUUCAAGGGCUGCUAUACGCCUUGUGUAGACAUGGGCACAUUGAAAAAGCCGAGGAGUUCAUGCUCGCUAGCAAGAAGCUCUUUCCCUUGGACGUCCAAGGAUUCAACGUGAUUCUUAACGGCUGGUGUAACGUUUGGACUGAUGUGACUGAAGCGAAGAGGGUUUGGCGAGAGAUGGGGAAUUACUGUAUAACCCCUAACGAGGACUCUUACGGUCACAUGAUCUCUUGCUUUUCUAAAGCUGGAAACCUUUUUGAUUCUCUCAGGCUGUACGAUGAGAUGAAGAAACGAGGGUUUGUUCCCGGGGUUGAGGUUUAUAACUCUUUGGUUUACGUGUUGACUUGUGAGAGUUGCUUUGGUGAAGCUGUGAAGCUUGUGGAGAAGAUGAAGGAGGAAGGGUUGAAGCCGGAUACAGACACUUACAAUGCGAUGAUAAGGCCUCUUUGUGAGGUGGGGAAGGUUGAGGAAGCUAGGGAUGUGUUGGCGACCAUGAUAAGCGAGAAGCUAAGUCCAACGGUUGAUACGUUUCAUGCGUUCCUCGAAGGUGUGAAUUACGAUCAAACGUUAGAGGUUUUAGGACAGAUGAAGACUUCUUGUUUAGGUCCUAAGGAAGAUACAUUUCUCCUCAUUCUUGGGAGGUUAUUCAAGGAGAAGCAACCGGGGGAUGCUUUGAAGAUCUGGGCGGAGAUGGGUCGUUUUGAGAUAGCGGCAACUCCUGCUCUUUACUUGGCUAUAGUAGAAGGGCUUUUGAGAUGUGGGUGGAUGGAGAAGGCCAGAGAGAAAUACUUAGAUAUGGAAGCAAAGGGAUUCCCAGGUAAUCCUAAGCUCCAGAAACUUCUUGAGGAGCAAAAGGUGAAGGGGGUAAGAAAAAGCAAGAGGAAAGAUCUUCAAAAAGUUGGUUCUCGAGGAGGCUAUAGAGGUCAACGAUCAGUAUGCAAAAAGGAAUCUGAUAGGGGUAAGACUUGACGAUUGUGAUGAAAUUAUCACUCAAGUAAACUUGAUUCUCAGGCCUCAGGGUCUCAACUCAUCAAGAGCUGUGAUGCAUGCAAUCUGUGUUCCAUUUGGUUUCGUAUGCUUUCUCUGCAUCCGUUGUGCAGUUUUCUAGGGCUAAACAGUCGCAAGCAAUGCUAAUUCAGGAAUCUCUUUCCGGUUUACAUGAAAGACGUUAGAAACUAUAUUGAUUCUUGAUUGUUAUUGGCACUACACGUCCAUUCAUCUUCAACUACAGGAAAUUUGAGUUCGAUGUGUUAUUAUGAUAUGAACCAGACCACUCUAACAGGCAAAUGCUGAGCUCGCUUUGUUUUGAAAGCUAGAUCUUUAGGACUCUCUCACUGUCCAGCUUUGUCGUUUUCUGUGUUCUUUUGUCUUUGUUUUGUUUAGUUUAUAUAACUCAUCUAGUCAUCUGUCUCAUUUAGGUUCUCAUGAACCAUGGUCCAGCUUUGUCGUUUUCUGUGUUCUUUUGUCCUUGUUUUGUUUAUAAAACUCAUAUGUGUCAUUUAGGUUCUCAUGAACCAUGAUGAUUGAUAUGACCUCAUUUACUUACUCGUGAUUUCAUGAACCAUGUUGAUUGAUAUGGCC